GCACAAAACCUGACUAGGUGGCGUUCGAGUGCUGCGUGCGUGAAUCAGGGAACGUAAGUAACCCUUAGCAUUGUUUAUCUCCGCCGCCGUUCGUCUAGAUUAAGUCGAGUGUGUUCGGGCCCAGCGGCCGCCGCCAGCCCCAUGAUGUAUCGGUCAACAAUGUGAGCCGGCCACGUCGUCCCCCGUCUGCACGCCGUCGCCGAGAGAACGCGCAGCGAGAAGAAUGUGUGCGCACGGCGCGAUCGAGCAGCGCCGAACGAGGAGAUCGCCUUGCUAACAGAUCCUGAUUUAUAUCUACCAAUGUCAUGGCAAGUCGUGAAAAGAAGUCGCCUGUAGGCAGAAAGCAAGCUACGACGGCUUCACCACAAGUCUCGCAAGCAAAGGAAGAGGGUGCGGAUAUUUCCAAGGGCGAAAAGCCGCUGGAGGAGAAACGAAAGCCUGGUGCGCGUAAACGCGAGCCGUCCACGGCUGCCAAGGGCGCUAAGAGUACGCUGUCGCUGAAAACAAAGUCAAAAGCGAAGAUUUCCAAAUCGAAGCUGCUUGCGAAGGGCGCGAAACGCACCGCCGUCCAGAAAAAGGCUGCGCUGAUCAAAAAUGGUGCCGCGACAGUCGCGGCCGUGAUACGUAAACGUCCGCUUAGUCUACGCGAACGCAUUAUACCGCCAACGCCGAAGGACGUAACUGUGAGCGCCAACGACCGGCAGAAGCGACGAAUCAAACAGGAACCUGUUGAUCCUGACGAGGCGCUACCGGUUACGGCCAAGCCAGCGGCAGCCAAAGCCAUUAGAAGGAUGAAAAAGGCGAAGGAAGCUGAAAAUGACUCUGCGCUCUAUGAGGUCGUGAUUAAGAAGGAGCCGGAAGAUGAAGACGUGCCCAUGCCGGCGCCGCCGCCGCCGCCGCCGCCGGUUGAAACUGUUGAGAUUAUUAAGGAAGCGCCGAGAAAAGGGCGGCCCCCGAAGAAACACAGGGGUGCUGCUGCAGCCCACAUGGAGGCUGAGCUCAAAAAGAAAGAAGAGCUGAAAGAGGAUGUCGUCGAUGUUGCCAAAGAGGCUGUUAGUGAUGGUGACGCUGUCGCGCCCUUGCAUAAGUUGGAUGCUUCCGAUAACAAUGUGAUAGACUGCUUGAAUUUGGACGUCACCAAGGUGGCGAAGACUGACGUGCCGCGGCGACAUAGCAUCGAGAAGAUUCCAGUUACGCAUAGCGAUGUCAAAGUGCACGAUGACUCAGCGUUGAUUGUGAGCGUGCCGAAAGCCGGGGCUGCGAAAGCGCUGAAACGGCCUGGCCGACCACGGCCGAAUUCGGAAUCGAAGGCGAAAUCCUCCACGCAUUCCGGACGAUCGGAUUCACCGAUGCGAAUUUUGCGCAAUGGAAAAACCCGACGUCUGCAGCAGUUUCCGCUGUUUGAUGGACUCGAUUCCGAGUAUAAGAUGCGUCGGCGUUUGGCAUCUGAUUUUAGUGGCAGUGAAAUUUCGAAACUCUCGGGGUAUGAAUCAGACAGCAGUCUUUCCUCCUCGGUGCAUGAUACAAGCGCUACUGUUGUGGAGGAUAAAGAAAAAGAACCAGAACAGGAACAAGCGCCUAUCAAAGAUGCAUUGGAAGCUGAUAAAGAAAAAGAGUUGCAGUUGAAGAAGGAAAUACUGGAAACUCUGGAGAAUAAUCAACCUGAUACUGAGGAAGGGAAGCAGAUUGUUGAGAAUGUUUCAGCGGCGAUUAAACGCAGCCUUUCGAUGGAAGCAUCUUCUGCAGCAAGUGUUCCGGUCCAGCCUGAAGUCGAACGUGAUACAAACGCAAAUUUGACAGCGAAAAGCGAACCCACAACGCCAGUCAAGACAGAUUUUGUAUCUGACGUGCCAAAACUACUUGGCAUUAUGAAACAGGCGUUCAAUGAUAAGGGUGUUACCAUUACAGAGGAAAUACCCGAGGUGGCUAGGAGAAAGACGCGGUCGUCAAUGAAAAAGACUAAAUCUCCAGAUAAAGAUGUCGCGAAAGAUGCACCACAAGUGCCAUCGACGAUUAGCACCCUCACUGCGGUCGGAAUUGCACUCGGACCAGAUAUUACAGUCACUGCCGAAGAAGUCCAAAAUGAUGGUGAACCUAUAGCACCAGAACAGUCUGAGUCUCAGGCUACGAUUGAAUCUGAAGAUCAACCACAGCCGGAGGCGAUGGAGGAGGAUACAGACACAGUCGAGGAAGCAGAGGCUGAACUUUUAGAUAUAUUGGCACAGAAGGAGCUUAAAAGUAAAACACCAGUGAGCACGCCGUCCACAACAUCAGUCAAUGGUGAUUCGCCCGCGGACGAAACCAAGGACAAUUCGUCACCGGUUGGUGAUUCGUCUGAUGCUUUAGCGGAAAAGUCGCAGAUUUUGAAAGCGCUCGGCUUGCAAACGCUGCAGGAAGCUGAGGAAAAUCGCAAGAAACAAGUGCCCAAAACUGCUGACAACUAUACCGGAACUAAAACAGUAAUUAAGUUGAAUAGAUGCGCGGACAAGAAGAAAUCUACUCGGAAUCCUAUCAAGAUGACGCUACAAAAGAAAGGGCGAAGCAGUGGGAACAAAGAUAAUUCAGACAAAGUAGAUGAGGAUGAAUACAAGAUUAUGAAUGAGAGUACCAGUUGGAAACAUCAUGGAGGACAAUCUUCAGAUACCGCUGGUGCGCAGCGCAAAUCACACUAUUCUAAUCGCUCUAACAUGGACGGUAGUAGCGAGCACACGUCUGACGGCGACACGAAUCAGAACGAUGAGGGUGCCGCCCCGGGUAAGCUACUCGUCAUUCCGGAGAAAGCCAGCUCCUUCAGCAUUCAUCCCGGUCGGUUGUGCAAGGACGAAUGUUCGUACUGCUUUGGCAAGUUUGGCCUCUUUGAUACGCCGUGCCACAUUGGGCAAAUUAAAGCCGUGGAGCGACAAGAUAAGAUCCUAGCAAAUGAGAAACAUUUGACGCGCGAUUCGUGCCUGUGCGAUGCCUGCUAUCGUCACGUCGAUCGUAAAGUCAACAUGAUCGCCUACAUGAGCAAGUCUGUGAAGAGGAACGCGCUCAUCGCACCAGCGCCGCGUCAAAACCACUGCCAUGUCUUGGGGUGCAACGAGGUCGCGUCUAAUAUCCUUAAACGCAAGUGGUUGAUCAAGAUGCGCAAGGCCGUCUGCAAAGUAAUUAAUAUUGAUUUGGAUAAUCCUGGCUUGCAUUCGAUACCGACUUGUAAAGAACACUACGCUGCCGUUGAGCAUCUGAUGGUGUGCGCGAUGUGCAAACGUCGACUUGCGCGCAAUCACAUUUAUUAUUUGGGCUCGGAAUCGAAUGAGUUGCAGAACGCUCUUAAUUCCAUGAAUAUACCGGUGAAGCUCAACGAAAAGCCGGUGGUGUGCAAGCUUUGUCGUUAUUUUGCGACGCUUGUGUUCAAGAGCGGCGAGCACUUCUCCAAUAAUGCGCAAUCGUUUUUCAUGGACUAUAAAAAGAGAUUACUUCAUUUCCACAACGUGGAACCAAUGGAAGACUGCGAAACAACAGAACCAAUUCUAGCGCCCAUGAAAUCCCAGGAUAAAUCCGACACAUCCACGAAGAAGCGCAAACGGCGACAUAAUCACGAUCCACCUGUGUUGGAACCGCAGAUUGAUAUCCACAGCGAUGAACCCAAUGAUGCGGUGCCUUCUUCAGAGUCCAGACCAGACAGUCCGAGUGAUUAUACUGUUGACUACAGAAAUCUUAUACCUAGCAUUGCGAUUGAGUGUCUUAACGAUGUUGAGAUUACUAAGAAACAAUCGCAGUCUUCCACGUUGUCCAUUCGCCGUAUUUCCAAAGCGGAGGCUCAGGAGAAGAAGCGAAUGCGCAGUGAUAUUGCAGUGCAAAGAUUAGGUUCGAAUCCGUCGAUUUCCAUUAGGCAAAUGUUCCCCGGAGAGGAGGAUGUGCCGCUGAAUGGCAGCAUUGAUUUCAAUAACGUAAAGGAGCGCACGCCAGAGGGUUGGGAGAAGUGCACCAGUACGAUUCAGUACGAUCCUGACACAAGGGCGCUCUGGCAAGAACUGCAGAAGCCGUAUGGCAAUCAGAGCAGCUUUCUGCGACACUUGGUUUUGUUGGAGAAGUACUUCCGCAAUGGCGACUUGGUCCUAUCACCGAGGGCAAGUAAUUUAUCAGUUAGCUACACAGAGUCUGUUCAAAAUCGUCUACGCGCGUACGAUAACAUAUCUAGCACGGCCGGUUCCGUGCAGCCUUUGACUAUGCUGCCUUUCAACAAUCCCAAAAUGUCUUUUAACACGCCAGGCGAUCAUGGUACGUCGAAGCAGGCGGACAGAACCUUGGAGAAAAUCGACAAAUUGCAGACGACGAUUAUACCCAUGGCGAUGUCCACUCCGAAUGCGGCUGUGGUUGUAAACAACGCGCAAUUGCCUAAGAAUAUUCCACUCACCCUUGCGCAGGCAAACUCGAUUGCAAGCGCGAGUGUAGUGCCUGCCCCGGCGAUUGUACUUCCGACUGCGCCGCCAGUACUACGGUCACAAAGUCCUGCAAUUCAACCAAUCAUGGCGACCCCGACGCCUCCACCACAACCACCUUCGGUAACUGCAACAGUUACUACAGUUCCUGCACCAAAGUCCAAACCGCCCGGACUUAUUUCACUGCAACAAGCGAGCAAAUUACCUGGAAACACAUCCAAUAAACCGCAAUCGCAAAAAAUCAAGUUUCCCAUCACCAAAAACUGGCGACCAAAGUUAAUCCCCAUUGAUCCCACGGUCAAACCAGAGAAGAAACCUGGUCUGGUACAAGUCAUUUCCGGCGGUAAACCUUAUCAUAUUACAAUGGAAGACUACAAAAAAAUGUGCGCCAUCAAACGCACCUAUGACUUACGACAGAAACGACUUCAAGAAACGAUGAAAUCUGGUUCUCCAGCUAAUCCAAACUCACUACUCAAGUCAACCGCGAACAAACUGAGAAACAGAAGUCCUAUCACUUCGGACCAGGAAGAAAACAACUCAAUGGACGGAAUGAAAUACGAAAAAUCCGAGUCCAAAGCAAUUACUAUCACGCCCACGCUGCCGCUAAGCGUCGACAAUAAAAUGCCGAUAAAUCUACCCAAGAUACCCAAGAGUCUCACCGUAAUCCCACAGACGGUGACCAUCUCGAACAAAACACGCUCGCGACCAAGCAGUCCGGGUCAAACCGCGAAGAGUGCGAAAACAAACUCUUGAUUCGCGCUCGCGGGGACAACCAUCAACGUUAAAUUUGUUUUACGCUUUAUGGCAGCAAUCAAUUACGAGUGUGAAUGCGGUCGAGACGCGUAAUGAAUCCAAAAGUGCCUCAUUCAAGCGAACUUUUGUUAGACUUACAUUUACACUGAUUCGAAUGAACAAAUCGUGUCAGAUUGAUGUGAAACGCACCAAAAAUUUAUUUACACUCGAGAGAUAUAAAAGGACUAACGAUGACUGUUGACCAAUUCGCGAAAGGACUUGGACCUGACUCAUCAGAUUAUAUUUUUGACACAGAGAAGCAGUUUGUAUAUAUUGUAAUUAUAAUUAUUUACUUAUUUUCGAUUCUACAUCAUCAUAUUCUCCUGUUCUGAUUGGAUUCUGAUCAGCGGUGUGAAUAUUUUGCGAUUGUGGCGGUAACGGACACAAAUGUACAUAGCAAAUACUAGUAUCAAGAGUAAUAUGAGUGAAUCUUGAGGCGUUCAUGCUGUUAGAGAAUUAACAAUGCAUUAUCAUUACGAUUACGUGAUACAUUUAAUUUAUUUCAAUCAACCUAACACAUCGUUUUCGAAACGCAGCCUAAAAAUAUAUCGGCGUUGUGCUACUGACCAUUACAAUAAUGACUGAACUUCCAUGUAAUAUCAAAUCAGGCGGAUCAUAUAUAAUUGAUCGUACAUAAUAUCAAAGCUUCCUGCAACUGCAACUGCAAACCACAGGAAUACUACACUACGAUUCUUGCACAUUAUGUUUUAUUUAUAUUCGAAAUUAUUGCACAUUUGAUAGAAUAUUUUUGUAUUAAUACAACAAUUCAUUGAGAUAACCAUUGUUAAAGAAUGUUUAAUAAGUUAUGAAUCAUUUUGAUUAUAUUUGAUUUGAUUGAAUACCUGUUAACAUUGUACAUAACUAUGAACAAACAAUUCGACAAAUUCCUCUAGGAUUAGUAAUGAUAUGACGCGUCUUGUGGAAGCGCCGCGAGACAAAUACGAAAACACAAUAUGAGUGCAUGUAAAAUGUAUACGAAGUGUUUACUGUGCACCACCACUUACUAAUAGAAUGGGAAAGCGUUGAGAAAAAGCAAUUUUAAGGAUUAGGAAGCGAAAACAGUGAGAAGAUAAGGGUGAUCUAGACUAGAGUUAACUUUUUGUUAAGAGGGAAACAUAGAAAAGGCUGAUUAGUAACGAGAAAGUGAAGAAAUUGACGCAGUGAGGGAAAAUGUUAUUGUUAUUGCUUAUCUGUUUGAAAAUUUACCCAACAGAAGAAAAUACGCCGAAAUACCACCGUGGCAUUGUUACAUAUUUACUUGGUACUACUUGCAUUAGUUAUUUUUGCGUGGAGAGAUCACUGACGUAGACUUUUUUUUAGACGAAUUGAUUUAGGUUUCGUUUCAGUUUAUGUUUAUUUGACGGUAUUGUAAAGGCAAUGCGUUCGCUAUCCUGUAGUAUGUUAAGUUCUCUUUUUUCACCUCACACAUACACUACUUCUUAUCAUUUACGGUUUAAAAUAACGAUCAGUAAUCGAUUUUAUUUGUAUUAUGUACAUAUUCGUGUAUUUUAAGUGUUAGGAAGGACUACAUUAUUAUGGGCUCGUUCUUUACAACAAAAUGCAAAAAAAUAAAUGAUUUUUUCAUAACAA